GCCUCCUUUCCCCGCCUUUCGGAGUCACAGCUGAAGGCAGGACAGGGGAAGCCAUGCGGUGCCGAGGUUGGAGACCCGAGCGACACUGUUGGAGCAGGAAGGGGCGGGGCUCCCAUAUGGGGUACGAAGGCACCGCCUCCGUGUGUCACUUCCGUAAACAAGGGGCGCUGCGCUGUCGCGGGUCCGGGGAUGUGACCCGGGAUCUCGCUGCAGCUGCGGCGGUGGCUUCCGAGGUGCCCGGAUCUUUGCGGGUUGAAGAAAGGGACUCGGACCCUCUGCUUCCUCGGGUCUUAAGAAGCUGGCCUUGGUGCAGCAAGGAACUUAAAACAAUGGAAGAGCGCAAAGUGAAGAGGAGGAGUCCAAAGUCUUUUAGUGCCCAUUCUACUCAGGUUGUUAAUGCCAAAAAAAAUGCCAUUCCAGUUAGUAAGAGCACAGGGUUUUCAAAUCCAGCAUCACAGUCAACUUCACAGCGACCAAAGUUAAAAAGAGUGAUGAAAGAAAAGACCAAGCCUCAGGGUGGAGAAGGAAAGGGUGCUCAGUCAACCCCCAUUCAGCACUCCUUCCUCACCGAUGUCUCGGACGUUCAGGAGAUGGAGCGGGGUCUCCUGAGUCUUUUGAAUGAUUUCCACUCUGGCAAACUUCAAGCUUUUGGAAAUGAAUGUUCCAUAGAACAGAUGGAACAUGUUCGGGGAAUGCAAGAGAAAUUAGCUCGCUUGAAUUUGGAGCUCUAUGGGGAGUUAGAGGAACUUCCUGAGGAUAAGAGAAAAACAGCUAGUGAUUCCAAUCUGGACAGGCUUCUGUCUGAUUUGGAGGAAUUGAAUUCUUCUAUGUUAUACUUCCUGCCUGGAGUUGCUCUGGCCUUCCCCCUUCUCCUUAUCAAAUUACACUCAAGUCUACCAUUUCCAUAAAGCAUUUCAUUUGUACCUUAACAUUCUUCCUUAUUUUAUUGUCUGUUGGAUUUUUUGCACAUGUUAAGGCCCAUCCUUCCAGCUGAACUAGAAUUUCUAGCCUUUAUGGCUGUGCUUACAUCUGUACAUUUUGCAACAUCUGCCAUUCUUGUACUGCUAGCAUUUAGUUGCCCUCAGUGUAUCCUUCUCAUUGUUUGAAUUAGGUCUUGGAUAGUAGGUAGCAUGUAGUAUGGGAGAAAGGAAGAUGAGAGGUGAUGAUGAGAAAGGAAAAGAGUGAUAUAUGCAGGAAAUAAUAUAUGCAGACUUCCUGCAUAUAUUCUUAUUUUUUGAAGAAUGAUUAAGAGGAUUAUAGAAUAGAUUUUAGAAUCGUGAUUAUUUUAAUUUGGACUCUUACAAAGAAGUUGUUUUCCCAAAGAUGAUAAAGAGGUGUCUUCUCAAAUAUUUUUUUAAUCCAGUAAGUCAUAUUUGACUCUAAUUAGCUCUUGAAUCAUAAAACUGAUUAUUGCUGCAUCAAAAAAUAAGUCUGUGCUCUGUUGGAACCUAGAACGUUGUCUUUAAUAGUAAUUGACUAGGCAUAGAUAUAGUAUAAUUUCCUACAUUUAAAAAUUGUCUUUCCACAUCCAAGGGUCCCAGCAGCAACACAGCAACUUUCCCUUAAGCAUAUUUCCUUUCUUUCCUUCUUCUUAUAAAUACUCCUGCCUCUUAGAUCCUGAGUGUAAUUUCCUGAAAUUCAAAAGAAGUACGUAGGGGCUGGGGUUGUAGCUCAGUAGUGGUGCACUUGCCUAGCAUGUGUGAGGCACUGGGUUCAAUCCUCAGCACCACAAAUAGAAAUAAAUAAAAUAAAGGUAUCCAUCUACAACUAAAAAAAUUUUUAAAAAUAAAAAUAAAAAAUAAAAGAAGUAUGUCUUGUAGAAUGAAAAUCUUCUUAACUGACA